AUGAAUUACGUCCAGCUUGAGAAGCUUGGCGAGGGCACGUAUGCGACCGUAUACAAGGGUCGCUCGCGCCUGACGAACGAGAUUGUUGCGCUGAAAGAUAUCCACCUCGAUGCCGAAGAGGGCACGCCGUCUACGGCGAUCCGCGAGAUCUCGCUGAUGAAGGAGCUGCGGCAUACCAACGUGGUGCGGCUGCAUGACGUGAUCCAUACAGAGUCGAAGCUGAUGCUCGUGUUCGAGUUUAUGGAGCAGGAUUUGAAGCGCUACAUGGAUAUGCAUGGCAACCGCGGUGCGCUGGACCCCGUAACCGUGCGCAGCUUCAUGUUCCAGCUGCUGAAAGGCACUGCAUUCUGCCACGAAAACCGUGUGCUGCACCGCGACUUGAAGCCGCAGAACCUGCUCAUCAAUAAGCGCGGCGAGCUCAAGCUCGCGGACUUUGGUCUGGCGCGCGCAUUUGGUAUCCCCGUCAACACGUUUAGCAACGAGGUGGUCACACUGUGGUACCGUGCGCCGGACGUGCUGCUGGGCAGCCGCACGUACUCGACGAGCAUUGACGUGUGGUCCACGGGCUGUAUCAUGGCCGAGAUGAUCAGCGGCAUCCCGCUCUUCCGCGGCCGCGACAACAACGACCAGCUGAUGCAGAUCAUCCGCAUCCUCGGCACCCCCGACGAGGCGACCAUCAAGCGGAUCAUCCAUGACUCGCCCGAGAUUCAAUACCGCCCGCUGCCGCGCCUGCCGAAGGUGCCAUUCCAGACCCUGUUCCCGAAAGUACACCCCCUGGCUAUUGACCUGCUGGAGAAGCUCCUCCGGUUCGACCCGUCACAGCGUAUCACCGCCGACGAGGCGCUGCGGCAUCCGUACUUUACGACGAGUGCCGCGAUCUCGAACGAGGGUCUUGCGCCAAUGACCGCACCGCUCCCGUCGUCGUCAUAUGUGCCCGAGGGUGCGGUGGCAGGUCAGGCAUCGGCCCCCCCCGUGUAG